UUACUUAUCCCGUAUUAUGGAAUAUAGCGAGGAAAUUUUUAAUUUCCUUUCCAUCGUCAUACCUAGUGGAAAGGAGGUUCAGCGCUGUUAUCAAUCUGCUAACGAAAAAAAGAAACAGACUGGACAUCAUUAGCCGAGGAGAUUUAAACCCUUACAAAAUUGACGCCAAAUGUUGUUAUUGCUUAUGUUAUUUUAUUUAUAGUUUAUUUUAAGUUUAGUGGUGUCUGACCAAUAAGUGCCCGCAUUGGGAAUAAGUGCCCG